UGAGCUUGGAGUAAUUUGUAGCGGGUAUUGUAAACGGUAUCGGACAAGUUGCUUGGUUUUUGGUAGCUUGAUUGGCUUCAAAUCUUGUAACUUUAGAGAUCUCAGUGAUUUCUUGUUCCAACGGCAGAUAGUCCUAAGAACCCAGUGAAGUUAUGGAAUAAUUGGAGGGACUCGCUAUGUUCUUAAAGCUGCCUGUCUUGAUCUAUAACUAAGAAAAAGACAGUAUUUAUCAUGUAUAAAAUCUUUUUCUAUGUAUUCUUCCAAUUGUAAUUAGAUAGCCCCGCAGUCUGCGCCGUGUAUAAUAAGCCUCGUAAUCGCACACUUGACUAUCCGUACUUUUUUGAAAACGUCUAAUUCACCUUUCUGUCAAGGGUCUACAGCAUAAAAGCAGUCUUUUAGUUCGCGUUUCACUGAGCCUUUAUGCAUUUUGGUGAAGAUAUUUUCACCCAUCCAGUUCGUCUGAAUAGCCAUAGGGUUUUAAACCUUUUAUCUUCAAUCAGAUUACCAUGACUACGAUUUCUACGUCAUCAUAAAACAGGACAGACGACACUGGCGUUUCAUUCGACUGACCAUCCAGCUCGAAUGUUUUAGUCUUGGCUAUGCAGGUUUUGGUUGAUGCCUAUUAACGUGAUUAAUUGCUUAUUCAUGCCCGUCGCAAUUUCAGAUGAUAGUGAUUAUAUUAUCAGGGGAAAUUCGGUGUCUUUAUUCUUGAAUCAACAACCUAGGAACUGUCUAACAAUGAUUGAAAGGAUACUUAGGAAACGAAUCUAGAUAUCAUAUCCCCUCUCUUAUUGUUAGGAAUACUCAAAAGAGAUUGAAAACACAAGGGCGAGCAAAGUUAUGGUGUCGUUUAGGUUUGCUAACCGAGUAGUCAACUUUUGAGACUUACGUCUGUAAGUAUUGUCGUUGCAUGUAUCUGAAAUUAUUCAAGAGAGGUCUACGGUAUACAGAACUUUGCUAGAAAAGAGCUAACACAGGUCAUCAUCCUUCCGUUUCCAAUACUCAAAUCUGGAUCUUAAGGGAAUCUUUCUGGAUGUACUUUGUUUUGCUUCCCACCUAUUUUAUUCGUCAGUCAAACAAGCUUAAUAAACGUGGAGUGAUUGAAAUUCUAUUACUAGUAAAGGUGCAUUCGUUUCCUUCAUUUCAUAAGUAUGUUACUGAAUACACUAGCACCUGUUUAUCCUUGUCUUAUUUCUUCCCUAUUGUGCUAGUGUCUUUACUCUGAUGUGUGAUAACGUGGUUUUCUCAUCACUAUAUGAGGUGGUCAGAGUGUGCGAGUUCAGUACACUUGGUAUACUACAUCGUAAAAGUGUAGAUCUCCCAUGUAUUUGUGUGUGAUUCUACUAUUCUUGUUUGCAACUUUUCAGUUCUUUCUUUCGACACAAGUGUUAUACAGCUGUACGCAAGACAUGUUUCGUACGAACAUUUGUCGAAAUUUAGGCGAACAGCUUGGCGAAACUUGGCUUCUAAGUCUUUCUGUAGAGUUUCGAACCAGGGCGAAACAUUACGGUCAUCUAAAUUCCAGCCGCUGAGAUCGAUUCACAUGUAAUUUUUACCUUUAGGACAUGUUUUGGUGUUCCAGAUAUUUCAUUAUCGUCAGUUUGUAAUUAUCCUGGUAGUAGCUUCAAGCGUAUUGUUGGAUUUCGCGGAAGCAUUUCAAAUUCCUGAACGAUUGUAACAAUUUUGAAUGCAGAUAAAUUGCUUUCGAGAGGUUGUUAGGUUCUGAAAUCCCUAACAAUUUAGCUAAGGCCGUCUCACAAUUGUUAGUCUUGUAGCUAUCAAUUCCAAGGUUGGACUUGAUAGUUUCAAAUAAAUUUGGCAUUGGGUAGUAAGUUAAUAGUAAAUAUCUUUUUGUGAUAUUCCUUUGUACUAUUUAAACUCAUGUUAACUUUAUUUCAGUUAUUUAUUUACUCUAAAGAAGUGAUUUACAUUAAUUCACAAAACAUCUGAAAUACAAUUUUCUACACGUUGGGAUAUCAAAAAAAUAUUUAUUAUUUGUUAGUCUUGGCUUUUUAAGUUACAAGCGAUAAAUAAUUGUUUGUCUUUUUUCCCUGGUGUUUCUAUUGAGUGUAGCUAGUAUAUUCUCCCGCUCAUCACUUUGUGUCUACAAUCAUCCGGAACUAGUUAAAGUAACUAAGUUGACGUACAUCAGCUAAUCGUGUUGGCAUUCUUCAGGUUUCACUUCGUCUAGUGAUGGCAGGUUAUCCUCACCACUUUGUUACUGCUCACCUUGGUUAUCCUGGUUACGCUCACCCAACCUUCGUGCCUGCGUCGAUUCCUAAUCCAGCCAACUCUGUCACCCAGUUAUCAGCUGCUCAAAUCAAUGCAGGAUGGGUAGAGCACCAUUCUCAUGAUGGGAGAAAAUACUACUAUAAUACAUUCACUCAACAGACGACUUGGGAAAAACCUCAAGAGUUGAAGACUCAGCGUGAGAAAAUACUUUGCAACUGUCCAUGGAAAGAGUUUAAAUCCGAAAACGGUAAACCUUACUAUUUUAAUGAGAAUACAAAACAAUCAGUAUGGAUCAAGCCACAAGAACUGAUAGACGCUGAAAACCAAGCAGCCGCCUGUAAUUCAGCUGUAAAUGCUACGGUCCCCGAACAGCCACCAAGUAUCCCCCCAGUCACACCGUGUACACCAGCUACCCCAAAAGAUGACGUCAAUAAGCCUCCUGAACCUUCGGAAAUAGAACGGGCAAUGAAGGCAACUUUGGCCUCUUUUGAUACGUCAGAUACUGGACCGUCAUCAAUUCCGAUUCCACUACCUCCGGAAAAAGUAGAUGACAGUGAUAAAGAUGAAAGUGACGAAGAGAAGCCUGCAUCCAAUCCACAUAUAACUACAUUUUCACCAAAUACUCAGACGGUGCCAGAAUAUAAGACCCGAGGAGAAAUGGCCGAAGGUCUUAGGAGGCUUUUCAGGGAUUGCAAUGUUCCCGGUGGGGCUACAUGGGAGCAAGCACUAAAGUUAAUCUCCGGGGAUCCUCGUUACUGUAUCUUGAGAACGUUCAAUGAAAAGAAGCAAAUAUUUAAUGUUUACAAGACUCAAAGGUUAAAAGAAGAACGCGAGGAGCAGAGAAUAAGAAUUAAGAGGGCGAAAGAGGAUCUAGAAAAGUAUCUUUUGAAAUGCAAUAAACUACACUCAACUAUGUCAUACCGUAGAGUAGAUCAACUACUGUCGGAUACGAAAGAAUGGACUGAUGUCCCUGAUCGAGAUCGUCGUGAAAUAUUCGAUGAUGUCAUUCAAGAGGUAGGUAAACGUGAACGAGAAGAGGCUAAGAUUUUGCGUAAAAGGAAUAUACGAGUAUUUAAUGAAAUCCUUAGUGAGAUGCUUGAUCUUACAUAUCGGACGACCUGGAGCGAAGCACAACAAAUGCUGCUUGAUAAUACCAGAUUUACUGGAGAUGUGGAUUUGCAAAACUUAGAUAAAGAGGAUGCCCUUGUCUGUUUUGAAGAGCAUAUUUGUAUGCUUGAGCAAGAGCACGACGAAGAUAAAGAACGCGAACGUCGGAGACAAAAAAGGGAACAACGAAAGAAUCGAGAAGCAUUUAUAGUUUUACUUGAUGAAUUGCACGAACAGAAAUUACUCACUUCUAUGUCUCUAUGGAAAGAUCUAUACCAUAUAAUAAAUAAAGAUGAUCGAUUCCACAAAAUGCUUGCUCAACGUGGUUCUACGCCAUUGGAUUUAUUCAAGUUCUAUGUUGAAGCAUUAAGAGCCCGUUUCCCAGCUGAAAAGAAGAUUAUCAAAGAGAUUUUAAAAUACAAUUGUACACCAAUCGACUUGUCUGUUUCAUACGAAGAUUUUUGUUCGAUAAUAGGCUCUGAUGAACGCAGCAAAGGAAUAGAUGACGGAAAUAUGCGUAUGACAUAUGAUGGUCUACUAGAAAAAGCUCAAGGUCGUGAACGUGAACGCCAAAAAGACGAUGCUAGGCGUAUGAGAAAACUUGAACAAAACUUCUGUGAAAUGCUUACAAAUUCCUCCUUCAUUCAGUCCAAUACUAGUUGGGAAGAAGUUCGAGAAAAAUUAAGUGACCAUCCUGCCUUCAAAGGUUUGUCGUUGGAAUCAGAAAGGAUUCGACUCUUUAAAGAGUAUAUUAUUUCAAUUGACAACUCAAACGAAGACUCUCAUCGGUCUCGUAAAGAUAAACACCUAUGCGAAAGUGAGUGUAUGCCAAUCUUAGCAGUAGUGAUUAUACAAUUACGAGAAAGGUAAAGACAUUUUGGCAAGACGUUUACGCUACGAAGGACCAUGAACGACAAUGACGUUGUUCUGUGAAUUUCCAAAAAUAAAUUAAUUCAAAUAAAAAGGAAACAUAUUCACCUUUUAUAACUGACAAAUACACUUUAAAGCGGCGCUUGUUUUAUUUUUCUAAGCUAGCAAUUGCUUCGGUUAAACAAAUGAUGGUUAAACUGCAGUAAGUAACAAACUAUCACAUCAUCUUUACAAUAGGUAUAUAUUCUGUUCAGAAAUAUCACUGUUGUAAGUAAUUUUUCUGACUAUGAACUUUGCCUUUCUUUUUAAUUAGUGGUAUAUAGUUAGUAAUUUAUCAACAUAUGUAUUUACCUACGUGUAGGUCUGCUUCUAUUCAAGAUGUUGAAAAAGAUGUCGAUGCAGUGAAAGAUCAGAAAAAGAAACAAACUGUUUCCCCUUCCCCAGGUCCUUCAGAACAUAGUCAUACUCGUAGGUCGGACGACGAAAGGGGAUCAUCACAGAAACGUAAACAUCGUAAAUCAAAGAAAUCAAAACAUCGCAAAUCAAAGCACCAUAAGCAUCACAAAAAUACAGAUAAGCGUCAAGAUGAAGAAUUAGAAGAAGGAGAAGCUGCUGAUGACGAUGACGAGGAUGAUGAAGCUGUGAAUCCUCAAACAAGUGAUCGUGCCAAUCCCCUCAGUGGUAGUAAACGUCAUCGUCAUCAUAGACGUGGCCAACGCUCUCGGACGUCUGACCCUGAGGAUGGUGAAGAGGUGGACAGUACUAGUGAUGGAGAAUUUUAUGACCGUGAUUCGAAGCGUAAAAGACGUUAGCAUUGUAAAACGGUCUUAUAAAUUUUUUGGUUGUGUACAUAAUAGCAUAUCAUCCUGUUAGAUUGUUUUUGUCGUUUCUGACAUUGAAAAGUUUUUAUUGGUCCAUUUCAGCAUCAGGUCUGCUGGUAUCGUUAUACUUCGUGUAAACUUUAUGUGUUCUUUGUAGUUCACUUUAAAAAGUUUCUCUCUAUAUCUGUUCUAUCUAAGUAACUAGUCAAAACGUCCCAUUCUAAGCAAAUCUGGCUAUUCGUGGUAGUUAAAUGCGGAUUCUUGUUUAGAUUAGAAGUGAUUUUGGGAUGAUGGUCGGUUACGUUAUUUGCUUGUAAUUUACAGGAUGAAUGUCUUACGACUAGUUAGUAAGGACGGUUGGCGUUUUCUGUUAAACUAAAGGUCUUAAACUAUUCCGUUGCCUUUUUUUGUGACUUCUUCCUAGGAUUUUAAUCAACAAGUGGGGAUUAAGAAACUGUCGAGCAGUAUAUAUUAUUAUUUUGUUAUUGGUAAUAAUUUUGUCAGGAAGGUAGUUAGUGGUUCCAACUCAGUUCAUCAACUGAUGUAUAGGUUGUUUAUUUUCUGGUGAUCCCAUCUGUUUUGGAAAUGUUUAUUUUUAUUGUGCUGAUUGGACAAAUAAAUAUGUACAGUUCAGGUU